AUGGAGACAGCAGCAGCAGCAGGAGUAGCACUAGUAUUACAUCAACAACAGCAACAACAUCAACAACAGCACCACCAGCACCAAAAUGCGUUGGCUAUGGCAGCUUACAGCUGUCAACAACAUGAGUUGGCAGCAACAACAAGUGAGCUACCACAACAACCACCAGCAUCAAAUGCGAGUUGCGAGUUCAACUCGAGCAGAACCGUUAUGCCCACAUUUGCAUUUAACAGUAACUACAAUGCAGCAACAGCAGCUGCAACACCGUUAACGACACAACUAACGGCAGCCUCAACUGUUGCUAGCCCAGCAGCAGCAACGCAACUGGUGGCAAUUCCCUGUUCUGACGCACAGUGUAUAAUACAACAACAACAGCAGCAACAACUAACAGCACAUCAACAAUAUUAUUUGCCUGUUGCAGGGGCAGCAGCAACAACAGCGUUAUCGCAACAGCAACAAUUCGUUGGGCCAAUGCAAUUGCAAUUGCCGUUGGUGGAGCAGCAGCAAAAUCACCAACUGCAACAACAACAAUUGCUUGUGCAACAAUUUCAGCAGCUGCAGCUGCAGCAGCAACAGCAGCAUCAUCAAUCACAAUUCGCUGCCGCCCUCUUUGCCCCACAGCAACAGCAACAGCAACAACAGUUUGUGUAUUAUUAUCCCUACGAGCCCAACGCUGUUGUCUACAGCAGCUGA